CGCCGCUCGACUAUGCAAGCCCCGGAUUUGUUUGCGAGUACGCGGUCUCAUAUACCCAUCCCAGCUUCGUCUGUCAAGAAACAACCUUCUGGGAUGCGUAUGUCCAUGGCUGGCCCUGCCCUCAGAGGCGCCCCUUUCCCUACACCAAACAUGGCACCUCCGGGUACGAAUCCACGGCAAUCAUCAAUGUACCGCUCUCAGAAUAUGAAUCCCCUGCUGGCUAGCGCCUCGAAACCAAACUAUGGUCGGACACCGAUGAACAGUAGCACACGUCGAGGAUCAAUGUGGGGCGGAGCGCCCAUGCCUCCGCCUCCUCUACCCGUUAAGGACUCUCGUCCUCUUCGAGAUCGACAGUUUCAGGUCAAAAUGCGCCAGGAUAUUGUCACGGAGCUGCAGAACUCAGGCUACGACAUCCAUCCAUCGACACUGGCCAACAUCACAGGGAAAGACUUUCGAGCUAUUUUCCACCAUCUUGUUCUCCUUCUGGAUCCCAACUAUCCUUUUAAUCACUCUGCACGCUUUGAAGAUGAGUUCCUACCGGCCAUGCGAGCUCUUCGAUAUCCCUUUGUUGGCCAGUUGGACUCGAAAUGGUUGGCUGCACCAGCUAGUAUGCACUCUUGGCCGUCUCUUCUCGGUGUCCUGCAUUGGUUAGUGAAUCUGGUCGAGCAACGCUUCCAGUACGCGAACAGUGACGAACCGACCCUGCAAUUACUUGACACGGUGCCUGAGGAGUUCGAUGACGAGAACCAUCAUCGAGCAUUAGCGUUCGAGCAUUGUGUCAAUACGUACGAGCGGUUUCUCGCCAACUCCGAUGACUUUACCCAGGAAGAACAAGAGUUAGAACAAAGAUAUGCGAAGAAGAACGAGCGUACAUUGCUUGGCUUGGAGGAAGAACGGAAGCAGUUUGACCAGCUCAGAACUGAGUUGGAGAAACUACACUCAUCUGAGGCUCCGAUAGUACAAGUCGAGGCAAAGAACCAGACCAUCAAGAGCGAUUUAGCCAAAUUCGAGAAACUUCUCCAGUACUUUACAGAUAGGAGAACAGGCUAUCUCAAGACAAUCUCUGACGAGAAAGCUGAUCUCGCUAUUCGAACCAAAUACCUGGACGACCUCCGAGCCGAACAGAACAGGCUUUCGGACGUCGUAAGGGAGCAAAAUCUGUCUCCAGAAGAAGUCCACCGGAUGACUACAGAGCAUGAGCAGCUCACGCGUAGUUUAGAAGACCUGAAGUACAGGAUCGCCGAGUCUCACAACAACAUCAUGACUUUGGAGGUCCAAGUUGAGAAUCGCUCCGCCGCAGCAGAGGAAGCUCUUGACGCCUACACAUCCUUGAUUUCGAGCCUCGGUCUCUUCCCACCCCUGCCGUCACCAUUCCAAAAUGUCGAUCUGACCUUGGAGUUGAACACCGCUGCAUCACAUCCAUCACACAUUCUCACAGGAUCCGAUAUCCAACGAGUCAUCAAGCCAACGUUGAGCGAGAUAUCCCAGUCUAGACGGGGAGAGAAGGACAAUGUCGAAACUGAACGAAUACAACUGGACAAUGAACUCGAAAUCCUGGUCUCGGAGUGCGAGAAUCUGGAAGAAGAGAUCAACGAGCUCGAUAAGAAGGUUGGGGCCCUGAACGAGCAAGCCGACGAUUUACGUGAGGCGGCACAACAGGAGGCGUUGGUAAGCAAUGCUGAAGCCACUCGUCUCGAGCGCGACCUGGCACAGGCUAGGACAGCAGCGCUAGCCAAUGGCGUCGGUGUGAAGUCUCGAUUGCAAUCACUACAGAUUGCGUACCGAGAGCAGAUUGAGAAGGUGACACGCUUGAGAGAGGAGACUGUGCGGGCCAUCAUCAAGAAUUGCAGUGAUAUUGUCAUGUUCAAAGAGAGCGUCUCACAACACCUGAAGCAUCUACAGGAGUACGCGGAGGCGAACUGAUGUCGACGCCGCGACGGCGAGUGCUAUGUAUUUUUUUGCCUCUUUGAGAAUCCGUCUAUCUUUCAUUCUACUCAUUCCAUUGAUGCUCUCGGGUGUUGGAUUAUUAUUAUUUUUCUCCCUUCUCUGCUGUAUCUCGGUUGUCACUCACGUCGUGUCACUU